CAAUACGCCUUUACCGAAGAAAUAUUUUGGAAAAACGUUCUCUCAUAUACAAAUAGCACCCAAUUUCAUCGUCAAAGUUUUAUGACUUUUUUGAAAAAGUUGUUGCUGAUGCAAAAAAUGUAGAUAUUGAAAUAUCAUUACAAACAAUGAAAUAUUGGACUUUGGAAGAGCAUUGUCCUCUCAUCAAAGUAGUACGAAAUUAUGGUGGUCCUUGGAUCGAUGUACAUGUAUCGAUACAAAAUUACGACACAUUACAAAUUGAUUGCAUUCCUGUAACUUUUACGACCCAGACGUAUCCCAAUUUUAACAAUUUUACUCACUACUGGCUAUGCAAAUCAUGGGAUUUAAUAUCACUUCUUGAGGAUGGUUGGAUAAUAUUCAAUAUACAACAAAUUGGAUAUUAUCGUGUUAAUUAUGAUGAUGAGAAUUGGCAAAGAAUUUCAAAUUAUCUAUCCUAUGAUAAUUUUACGACAAUUCAUGUUCUUAAUCGUGCCCAAAUUAUCGAUGAUGCAUUUCAUUUAGUGAUAACAGGUCACCUCAACGCCUCUAUAUUCUGGAAUAUCACAUCGUAUUUGUUUCGAGAAGAAAAUUAUAUCGCAUGGUAUCCUAUGUUUAAAGCUCUGGAAUACAUGUUUAGUACUUUUCCAGGGGAAGAAAAAAAACAAAAAAUUUUGGCUUUUGCCAUGGUGGACGGCAUGGACAUAUUGUAG